UGCUGUGGGACACGGGCUCCGGCUGCGUGCGCUCCGCCCGGAGCUCCCUCUCCGCGUGCGCACGCUGCUGCCCACCGCCCCUGCGACCAGUGGCCCCUGCAAAAUGCUCCCCCACUUCAUGCUGCUCUGCCUCCUGCCCUGGGCGCAAGCCGGGAGCCACGGGGACAACCUGAGCCUGGAGGCGACGCUGGCCGCGCCCAACGCCUCACACUUCUUCCCCUGGAACAACUACACCUUCUCUGACUGGCAGAACUUUGUGGGCAGGAGACGCUACGGGGCCGAGUCCCAGAACCCCACGGUGAAGGCGCUGCUCAUCGUCGCUUACUCCUUCAUCAUCGUCUUCUCGCUCUUUGGGAACGUCCUGGUCUGUCAUGUCAUCUUCAAGAACCAGAGGAUGCACUCGGCCACCAGCCUCUUCAUCGUCAACCUGGCGGUCGCGGACAUCAUGAUCACGCUCCUCAACACGCCCUUCACUUUGGUCCGCUUUGUGAACAGCACGUGGGUGUUCGGGAAGGGCAUGUGCCACGUCAGCCGCUUCGCCCAGUACUGCUCGCUGCACGUCUCAGCCCUGACAUUGACGGCCAUUGCUGUGGACCGCCACCAGGUCAUCAUGCAUCCGCUGAAACCCCGGAUCUCAAUCACAAAAGGUAUCAUCUACAUCGCUGUCAUCUGGACUAUGGCUACGUUCUUUUCACUCCCUCAUGCCAUCUGCCAGAAAUUAUUUACCUUCAAGUACAGUGAGGACAUCGUCCGCUCCCUGUGCCUGCCAGACUUCCCUGAGCCAGCUGACCUCUUCUGGAAGUACCUGGACCUGGCCACCUUCAUCCUGCUCUACAUCCUCCCUCUCCUCAUCAUCUCAGUGGCCUACGCACGAGUGGCCAAGAAGCUGUGGUUGUGCAACACCAUCGGUGACGUGACCACGGAGCAGUACCUGGCUCUACGGCGUAAGAAGAAGAAGACCAUCAAGAUGCUGAUGCUGGUGGUGGUCCUUUUUGCCCUCUGCUGGUUCCCCCUUAACUGCUACGUCCUCCUGCUGUCCAGCAAGGUCAUCCGCACCAACAAUGCCAUCUACUUUGCCUUCCACUGGUUCGCCAUGAGCAGUACCUGCUACAACCCCUUCAUUUACUGCUGGCUCAACGAGAACUUCCGCGUCGAGCUGAAGGCAUUACUGAGCAUGUGCCAAAGGCUGCCCAAGCCUCCGGAGGACAGGCCGCCCUCCCCUGUUCCUUCUUUCCGGGUGGCUUGGACUGAGAAGGGCAAUGGCCGGAGGGCCCCCCUCUUGCCCUCCUCACAUCUCCAGUCUGGGAAGACAGAUCUGUUGUCUGUGGAGCCCAUUGUGGCUGUCAAUUAG